GGCGCGUCCGAAUGCCGCCUCAGACCCGCGGAUCACACGAACCUGCUGACUGCAGAAUGAGGAUCCAGGAAACGCUUUGUGGGAUUACUAAGGGAGUCCUAUAAAGACAUUUGCCGCACUCACACUCCUGAGAGGAGCAGGACGAGGAAGAAUGAUUGACCUGAGUCACCUGACGGAGGAGGAGCAGGAGGCCAUCAUGACGGUGCUGAGGAGGGACGCCGAUCUGAAGAAAGCCGAGGAGGAGAGAGUCAAGAAGCUGGAAAAAGGGCUGCACAGGGAUCCACAGCCGGACCUCAAGCUGAAGUACUUGACGGGAGAGUGGUUCUACGAGGUCAAGUCCCGGAGACACACCGACAAGAUCCACGGCUCGGAAAUCAUCCUGGCAUCCAUGAAGCAAGGGAAAGCAGCCGGUUUAGAUGGCUCUCUCAGAGUCGACAGAUCUAAGCCCGCCAGCAUUCGAGGCUCAGACGUCGGGCCCCCGGUGAAACCCCCGAGAUACUUGGAAACCCUGCAGCCACAAGAAAUAAAUGAUGCAGAAAAAGAAAAUCGAUAUUCAGCAGUUCGCUCCCCAAAAACGCCGAGGCACAAUCCUUUUAACCGCGCAUCCCUCAUUGUUGUUGAUCAUCCCGAAAAUAAUUGUGAGUUAGUAGCCAGUCGGAACGUGGAGCAACAGCGGACAGAUCCCAUCUCCUCUCCGAAGAGCCACUCAGCAGGCGAGUCCACUAGAACCUUGGGGAGUUCCAUCACAUCAGAGGGUUCCUCUAUGGGCUUCAGACCAGUUCCAAAGAAAAGAACAUUCCUCUCCAGAAGAACCAACAGUCAGUUGGAAAGUAACGGUCAGGUGGUUGCUCCCGUGAGGCCUGUUGGGAUUGUUCCCGCUCCAAGACAGCGACGCCAGCGAGGAUCCAAUGAGAGCUCUGAGCAGCAGAGCAGAACUGCAGAGGAAAACCUGCCUCAGCCGUUGUGCAGCGUUCCUCAGGUUGUCUCGACUUCAACUCUGGAGCUAUUGGAUGCCUCCGCUGGGAGAGGAAACCUACAGAAGAAAGAAGACCCAGAUGAUCUGGGCCAAACCUGUGAAGAUUUAAACUUUGUCAGCCUUCAUCGAAGCAAAAGUCACGACAAAGAGAACAAAGGCUGUGUGGGAACAUCAGCAAUUCAGGAUGACAAGAGUUUCCCUCAAAGCACUAUGGAUUUAGAUCUGCCAGUCCACUUUGAUCCCAAAUUCAUUGAUGAUUGUGAUCAGCAGGAGCAGAUGCUAAAUCAGAAGCAUGAGUUUAAAUUAACCCCUCAGUCUGUCAACCCCAGCGGUGAGGAAGACUCCAUCGCAAAGGUAUUGGAUUGGUUUAACCGAAGCACAGACAGCAAUGAUUUCCUGAUUGAAGAAGAUGAACCGAUGUUCUCCGAGAGCUCCGCCAGACAUGUAGCUGUCAGAAAAGUCCAAGAGGAAGACUUAUCAGCAAGACACGCCAGUGAAAGGAAGAAGGAAAUGGCUGAAACGGAGAGGAGUAUCUCACAAAGACGGACAAGCCACGAACCAGACUUUAGGGCUGCAUGCAGGAACGGCAACCAGGAGCGACUUCCAGCCCACGAGGAAGCAUGGGCAGAAAACAGAGAGAGGCUGAUGUCUCCAGAUGUGAAAGAUAUCAUUGACGAAGGUCAACCGCUGAAGAUCUCCAAUCUGAAAUCAUUCUGGGAGAAAAGCAACACAGGCGUCAAGAUACUUAUUAGCAAAUCUAUAACGCCUGGUGAAAAAGAGACGGAGCCUGCCCACCUUUCAGCAGAGACGGAGGCAGAUGUAACCUCUGGAAUGAACAGCGGGAAAGAGACCCAUGAGAAGUACACCUUGGUUAAGAGCAAUGAUAGACCAGCAACAACAGACAUGGGAGUCAGACUUCACUCUCGUGAAGAAAGCCUUAUAGUCACUCCAACUCAAAGGAACAACAACGACGUUGACCAUCUAAAGCUGCGAUCUUCUAUUCCACCAAUGCUCAGCAGAAAAGACCCUGACACCAUCUGUGUUUCCAAUCUCAACUCAUUGGAGAAGGAAAGCUGUGAUCCAGAAUCUGAGAUCCUGUCUGUAGUCAAACCCAAGCUGCAGGCAGACAGUACACCGAAGCAAAGUGACCCAACCCAGCAAAAGAGGGGUUCAGUGCCAAAGCUUGAUACAGAUCUCAUCCCGUACGUGGACUCUAAGCAGGGCAUCGACGUUCAAAUCCCUGCUAAAGCGCAGCUGCCAAGAGGCUCGAGUGAAGACGUGAAGAGGAGGGAGAGUGAGGACAAAAAUGGGAUUUCAAACCUGCCCUCUAAGAGAAGAGACAGUGUACCCAGCAAAGACAGGACUAACAGUCCACACCUGGGUAGGCAGGCAAUACCCCAUCAGGAGAGCACAGCAGAGAGAAUCAAGCAACUGAAAGUCUUCUGGGAGAAGGAGUGGAACAAGCCUGUGUUCUAUACUGGCAAACCUAAAGCGUCUGGAGAAAGCAGAGCUGCUCAUGGCAGCAGUCAAGGCAAACUCAACAAAAGAUUUACAAAGUCUGAGUUUGACUUGAGAACAAUUGGAAAUGAAUUAGGUAGCGAUCAGGAAGAUGGGGACCGCAAUCAUCCAAACUUUAGCGUACUCCCGUUUCAAAGGCUGGACAAGCUGUCGCCGAGCCUCAGCGCAAGCCGCAUGCAGUUCAACACUCUGCGGGAAUUCUGGGGCGAAGCGGCGUCCGAUUCCAGAGGAUUGCUGACUGUUGACAAACCCAAAAGCCCCAAACGAAAAGAGUCACUCGGUGGCCAGAUGUCAAGUCCGGAGUUAAAGAGCUGUAACUCUGAGAUUUAUUUCCACAAUCAAAGUCUUGAGAAAACAAAAGCAGCUGUCAAUAAGUCGACUCCAGCAUCUCCCAAUCAAACGACACCUCUGUACAACAGACAGGUGGUGGCUGGGGUCAGAACGAUAAAUGACAGUAAAAACAACCAACUGAGUUAUAUGUCCGUUGAGUCAGGGCAGCACAGGCAGUCCAAGAGGAGUUCCAAGGAAUCCAGUAGAGAUGAGAAGUCCACCAAGCAGCAAUGCAGCGCAGGCAAAGAGGUCCGGUCUCGCUCCAGCAGUCGUGGAAGCCCUAUGCGUCGAGCCACAAGCAUGUUUACGCUGAGCGCUGCCGAUGACAAAGAACAGCUCAGAAAGGAUGUUAACUCCAUACACUCUCAGAGCAGGAAGCACAGGCAGAACAACGAGAAAGGGGUUCAGUCGAGAAAACUGUCAGAAGAACCUGAGACCGUGGCUCCACGCGCACGGGCGUUUGUUCCUACGGACUACCGGCAUUAUCUGGGGAUGACAGACAAGUCCAGUGUUGACAAUCUGCUGGCCCUAGCUGUGGAGGACCAGAGCUUUGACUGCACCGACAACUAUGAACUUGACCUGGGUGGACCAGAGAAGGCGAGCAGCCCCGUGACCUCAGAGGAGCGUCACAGCAGAAAAGCCGGCAAGUUGAGCCAGCGGCAGGCGUGGGCCAAUCACAGCGAGUCUGACACGGGGCAGGAGUCCUCCCUCAGCAGCGUGUCAGAGACCUGGUCCAACACAAAUCGAGAGAAUAAGGACGAAGACCAAAAUCCUGUGCGGAAAGCCCUGCGGCGAGCCGAGGCGCGGGCUAAGAACCUGGCUAAAAGUAUGGAGGACAUUACAUCAUCUCCACGACAGGAGAAAAGACAAGACCCUGCUAUUGAUUCUAGGCGCAGCAGUGAUGUUUUAGCCAUCACGCCUCCUUCCUCCUCCUUGUUCUCGGAUCCUGAUCACCUGAAGAAGAUGAGCAAAUCUGUUCCUUCAUUUCUGCAGAAAGAGGACACAGACGAGGACUCUUGCUUGCAAGAAAGACUAAUGGCAGGCCACCCAGUGACUAACCUGAGGAGCUCUCCUAGCAUGACAUCUCUGAGUGGAAGUGUGAUGACCAUGUACAGUGGCGACCUUGUUGAGGUUCAGGGCAACAUUCAUUUCUCCAUCAACUACGUUCAGAGGCUCCGAGAGUUUCACAUCUUCGUGUCUGAGUGUAGAGACUUGGCUGCUGUGGACCCAAAGAGGGGGCGCUCUGACCCGUAUGUUAAAAGCUACCUGGUUCCUGACAAAGCUAACCUUGGAAAGAGGAAAACAUCAGUGAAGAAGAAGACGCUGAAUCCAACUUUCAAUGAGAUCUUAAGAUAUCGGGUUCGCAUGGAUUAUCUCCAAACGCAAAUGCUGGUUCUCUCCGUCUGGCAUCACGACACCUUUGGCAGGAACAGCUUUCUGGGAGAGGUAGAUGUGGACCUCUCCAAAUGGGAUUUUGACCACACCCAGAUGAAUUACUUAGCUUUGAAAGCAAAGACAAUGCCUACUGUGGAGCCCACAAAUGGGAGAGGAGAGAUGAGACUGGCCAUACGAUUCCUGCCUCAGAUCAGCCACAGUGAAGGUGUUGCAAAAGACAUUUCCAACAGCGGAGAGAUUCACAUUUGGGUAAAAGACUGCAAAGGCCUUCCUCUCAUCAGGGCCACCAUCGACCCUUACGUCAAGUGCUUUGUGCUGCCAGACACCAGCAGAAAAGGUCGGCAGAAGACGCGAGUUUUACGGAGGACGGUGGAUCCGGUGUUCAACCACACCAUGGUGUAUGAUGGCAUCAGCAUGGCCGACCUGACUGAGGCCUGUGUGGAACUCACCGUCUGGGACAGAGACAGGCUCGCUAGCAACCUGCUGGGGGGAGUGAGGCUUGGAGUUGGAACAGGCAGGAGUUAUGGAACGCUGGUAGACUGGAUGGACUCUGGACCUUACGAGGUGGCCCUGUGGGACCGCAUGAUGGCCUCGCCAAAUGAGUGGGUGGAAGGCGUUCUGCCACUGAGAAUGCUGAAUUCUGCUAAAACUGCUUUUAAAUGAGUACACCCAACAGCAGAAAAUCAAAUAACUUGUCUGUCUCAGAGAGAUGUCUGUUUUAAAAACCUUCAUCCUAAAUGUGCCAAAAUGUGCUAAACAUCAGUGUGUUUUUUUCAGUCAACCUAAACCAGAUAUAUUUAUCAUUUAUCUAUAUUUAUACAGAAAACAUUGGUUUUGCGGUGCAGAAAUACUGCUGGUGCAUUGCUUUUAAGUAAAGGGGAUUUUUUUUUGCUUGUUGCCACAUCACUCUAACAUUUGUUUUGAUGGUAUUUUCUUCAUUCAAACUGAAUUUGACUGCACUUCUUACAUGGUAUAUUACAUUUCUGACAGUUACCAGAAAUGGGGGCAAAUCCAAAACAUGUAAUGUCUACACAUUAUGUUUUACAGUAAAGUGACUGAUAAACCUGCUGGUUUGCAUCUAGUGGUGAUUUUCAAUGAUUCUCUAAUCUACCUGAACAACUACUGCACUUGUUUUUUCUCACAAAUCUCACUGAAAUCUUGUCUAAUAUUUCUGUUGGUGACGUCCAGGAUAAAUAAAUGAAAGUACUUAUUAUUUAGAGCUUAAAUAACACUGAAUUAGAUUGCAAAUAAUCCUCCAAACACGCUGAACACAAAUGGAUGUAAUCAUCAACAAUCGGAACGUUUUGUAAUGGAAUUCUUGUUUUAAAUCCUUUUACUGUAACUAUCAUUACCUCUUAUUUUAUUGUGUUAGAAAUGCACUUUUGAUGCAUAAAUAAAGAAAAUACACUAAAUUA